UGUGUUAUGAUGCCUUCCUGUACCAACCUGGCUACCGGAAUCCCCAGUAGUAACGUGACAUACUCAAGGCUCUCAGGCACAGAUGAUGGCUACAUUGACCUUCAGUUUAAGAAAAGCCUUCCUAAGAUUCCUUAUAAGGCUGUUGUACUUGGCAUGGUACUGUUUUUGAUUGGCGCCUUUCUCAUUAUCAUAGGCUCCCUCCUGCUGUUGGGCUACAUCAGCAAAGGCGGGGCAGACCGAACCGUUCUGGUCCUGAUCAUUGGUAUUCUGGUGUUCCUCCCUGGAUUUUACCACCUGCGCAUUGCCUACUAUGCAUCCAAAGGCUACCGGGGUUACUCCUAUAAUGACAUUCCAGACUUUGAUGACUAACACCCACCUAUCUUAGCC